AUGUGUAGGCAAUUUAACAGUCGCGGAAGAAUACUGCGCAGCAGCAUUUCUUUGACGGUAUUGCUCUUUACCAUAUGCGUUGUCACAUCUCUCUUGACAACGCUCUCCAACAACUCAGAGAGAGCCGGCAAAAGGGAAAUCAACGUUCCGAAAACAGCUAUAGCCAAUAAAGGUCAACAUCUCUCAGAGCACCCUCUGUGGGUGAAACAGUCGCUAACUUACGUCCCAGCUCCCGUCGUUAGCGCAUGGGAGGAGCGACGGUACUUGGUGGUAAUCGGCAUCCCCUCCAUAGACCUGGACGUGAGACGGCGCCGCCGCGACCUGCAACGGGCAGCAUGCUGGACAUACGCCGGCGUUGCAGUACGUGCGAACGGUUUCUCUGGUGAAAUGCUGCCGCUGUACAUCCUUGCGCGACAUCCCGAAAAUGGCUACACUUAUACCAAGGCACUGGUGGAGGAAGCUACUCAAUGGAGUGACAUCUUAACGUUGCCAAUGAACGAGGGCCGGCCGUCAGGUAGGAAGCGUGUGGGUCAAGGUGGGAAGUGGGGCAUUGAUGCGGAGAUUGGCAUGAGCCGCAAGACAUUCUUGUGGUUUGACAUGUCAGUGUGCUUAUUUCCGUAUGCCCCGUAUAUUGCGAAGGCAGAUGACGAUAUGUUCCUACGCGUUCCUCAGUAUCUAGCAGACUUACGCAACCUACCUCGCCGUGGGCUAUACUGGGGUACGAUAGACGUGCUCAGCGUGCAAGGUUUCCGAUUUAAUUAUGCUUAUGGCGCGUGCUAUACUCUAGGACGUGACGUCGCGGAACGUUUUGUCUCGUAUAAGCCCCUUCGAACAAUAAUCCACGUCCCCUACACAGCAAUACGUGACGAAGAGUUCCAGUCUCUCUGUGUCAUGGUUGAAGACGCAAUGGUAGGGAUUACAUUGCGGAGGGCCAUGUAUCAUACGAAUAUAACCUACGUUCACGAGCCUAAGUGCUCGUUUCACGAUGUGCACGCCGGUACAACGUUGGGAGCCGUGACAAAAAGCUCCAUUAUGGUACACCAUGUAAAUGAGAGUGACUACAACGAGUUGAGGCGGCGGUUCAACAAUGAGAAGAACACCUCGCACCGCUCGCUAACGGGCAGCCAGGGACCUCUCCGGGAAAUGAGUUGUUUGUAG